AUGGAGAGCAUUAACCAGAACCAGGGCAAACUCAGCAGAAGCCAGAUCACUCACUCAGUGGCUGGAAGUCAACGGGAUAGGGGGAGUCAUCCAGAGGCCGGUGCCGGGGCUCAGCAUCAGUCAUACGGACGAGUACGGGGCCCCAGCGCCGAAUCUUGGUGGCGAUUCGAGUAG